AUGGGCGAUUUGCAAGCAACUUAUGAUCAAAUUAAGAAAGCUGGAAAAAAUAGCGUAGAUGGCAUAGUAAAGUGGCUGCAGGAUUCUCAAAUCAUCGACAAAGCGAAAGAAAGUGAGGACAAAGUACGAUCAUAUUUCGAUGACGCCGCCGACAAGACUGAAAUAACCGCCGAAAAGUUCAAAGAGGCUGUGGGUAAAAUAGCCAAUGAACAGAAGAAGAAUGUUAAAGACAUUUCCAAGUGCUUGGCGGAGUAUGGGAGUACGUUGCUGAAUGCUUUAAAAGCGGGCGCGCAAGCGGGGGCUAGCGCGUUCAAAGAAACGAUGGACAAAAAAUAGCGUCGAACCA